CACAACGCGUCGUACUACCGAGUAUGCUAGUGAGGUUGCGGUUUCGCUUUACGGCUCCGGUGGAAAAGCGUCGCUGCAAACUUGGCGCAAUGAGAGAAGUUGUGGCGGUGAAGUUUGUCCCGGACAGUCCCUGACAGCGGUGUGAACUGUCUCACGGUGUUUAAGGAGAGACGCUGAGUGUGAGAAUGACUCGGGUGACUGCGGAGUCGGAGUUUAAAACGCUAGCAGAGUGUAACUACUUCUACCCAGCUGACGUCCUGGCAGAGGUCAGAGAGGUCACGGCAGCGUUUCCUGACCUCCACCUUUAUGUGGAUUAUUACUGUUACCCCAACAAUGACAGGAAGAAGCUGGUCCAUUUGGGCGGCACCGUCCCUGUGCUUUAUGAAGGUGUACAGUACAACAUCCCAGUGUGCAUCUGGCUCCACGAGACCCACCCCCAGAACCCACCACGCUGCCUCGUGUGCCCACUACGCAGCAUGGUGAUCAACAGCAGGAGCAGCAGUGUGGAUGCUCAGGGGCACGUCCUCCUGCACUGCCUUAGCAACUGGAAGCACGGUUGGUCUAACCUGUCCAUCGUCCUGGAGGAGAUGGUCGCUGCGUUUCAGCGCGAGUCGCCUCUUUUCUCAAGUCAACCGAAAAGAUCUCCAAAUCUCGCCUCUAGCGCAAAACAGCAGUCACUCGGGGAUCAGCUUGAUCAUCGCAGACCUGACCUGAACGCCAGGAGUGGAAACUCUGUUCAAAGGAAGUUCUCUCACCCUGAAAUGUCCUCAUCGUCUCUGCCCCUUUCAGCCAGCAGCUCCAAGCGUGUGAAGGGGAGUCAGUCUCAGGACGGCGUAGGAGAGCCGAGUGCCGUGAGGAGGUCGUACACGCAGGAGCUGCUGGAUUUCGGGAUUUCCUUCGGAGAGCCGAACCUCCAGAAAAACCCAACUAACCCGUUUAUCACUGCCCCAAAUAUGAUCGCCUCUGAUUCUGAUGAUGUCAGUAACUUGUUUAAAAGUCUUCAGCUGGAACGAAUAGUCAACAAGUACCAGCUUGACUACAAAGACAAAGACAUUCCUCAGGCGUGGAGGCAGAGUCGGGGGCACGACCAGGAAUCUUUACCCCACCCGAGGUUGCUUGAUGACAGACACAGAGUCUUGGUGAGCCAUCUGCCCAUGGAUGUCUCUCCUCAGAGGAUGAAAAACAAACUGACCAUCUACUUUCAGAGGAAGCAGAGCGGAGGCGGCGAGGUGGCAGCUGUCACGUACCCUUUAGCUCAGCCAGACCAGGCUGUGAUCACCUUCAGGAGCUACAGGGAUGCUGCACAAGUCCUGAAACAGCCAAACAGGAUCAUCACACUGGACGAACAUCAAGUUCUCAUCCAGCUACAGAACUUGAAAAGCUUACACGUCCGCGUCCCAGAGGGACUCCAGGGCGAGAAAGCCGAGAUGUUCAUCAACAUCCUGAGUUCGGAGGGCUGCACUUUCACCCCAGCAGAUGUGCUGGAGGCGGUUCAGGCGUGCAGAGACAUCCCGUCUGCUCUCAAAUACCUUUCUCACGUCUGCCCCAUCUGCCAGGAGCAGGUGUCCUUCAGUAAGAUGAUCACCAUGACGCACUGCUCGUGUACGUUCUGCGAAUGCUGCUUCAAGGCCUACUUCUCGUCCGUCAUCAAAGAGAAGAGCAUCGACUACGCGGUAUGUCCGCUGUGUAACGAGCCAGACGUGCGAGCAGCAGGACGCAGGGAGGAGUCUGUGGAGUACUUCAGUCUGCUCGACACAAAGAUAAGGCACUAUCUGGACACACAGACCCAUGAGCUGUUUCAGAGGAAGCUGAGAGACCGUGCUCUGCAGGAGAUGCCCAAUUUCCGCUGGUGUGCUCAUUGUUCUUUCGGACUCCUUCACGAAGCCGACAGACUGAGGAUGGACUGCCCCAGCUGCAACAAGAGCACGUGCUUUCAGUGUAAAAGCCCUUGGGCGUCCCAGCAUGAAGGACUUUCCUGCGAGAAGUUUAAGGAGUGGCUGCAGCUCAACAGCCCCGAGUUCCAGAACUCUCGCCUGGAGCUCCUCCUCAGCAGGAACAAGAUAGAUUGCCCCAAAUGCAAGUUCCGGUUCUUGCUGUCUAAAGGCGGAUGUUUACAUUUUAGAUGCACGCAAUGCCAGCACGAGUUCUGCGGAGGCUGCAGUCGGCCAUUCAGACUGGGCGCUGUGUGUGAUUUCUCCGCCGAAUGUGCUGCCAAGGGUUUACACGCCCAUCACCCCAGGGACUGUCUGUACCACCUCAGAGACUGGAGUGUGACCAAACUACGCAGUCUGCUGCAGCACUAUGGCGUGUCCCAUCCAUUCGUGUCCAGAUGGAAGAAUGAUGCAGGGCAAAAGCGCUCAAAAGGCGUGUGUGGAGUGAUGGAGCACAAAGAGACCGGGAGUGUGAAAGAAGAGGCGUGCGGGCGCCCCGCUUUUCAAGAAUACAGCGGUUACUGCACGAUUCAUUAUAAGGAAUGUCUGGUGGAGUUGAUCAACCAGAACCACCUCGACCCGGUGGUGCUGCUCGAGGGGCCCGAGCUGCGUGCCGAACUGGACCGCUGGAAGAUCCCGGUCCCGGAAAAGCAACCCUCGGAGUCCGAAAGGGUCUACAAGGAGCGCCUCAGACAGGUGUUGAUCGAGAGGCUGAGUUUGACCGCGAGGACAAACCUGGUCGCUCCGCCCACGCCGUCGCCUUCUCCCACCUCCCCGAUGCUCGCCGCCGCUCCCUGGUACUCGGUGCUGAACCCGGGCAGAGCCAAAGCUGAGGACUCACAACUGCUGCUCAUGCUCAACGACUGAGGAGAGACUCUACACCAUUCUCACACCCUGAGGGGAAAAAGCCCCCACAGAUCUCCAUCCUAUCCGCUGUGUAUCCACUGUGUGCCCUGAGGUCGUAUCACACACCUGAUCCAUCAGAAGGUAUGCUCCUGAACAACUUUUCAUAUCAGGUGCUGCAGCUUAACACCUCCAGCCUUUUGGUUUCUGUUGACAUCACGUUCUAUGCACAAUGAAGACGUUAAGUUUUUCCACGAUGAGUCCUCGUUUUUUUUUUUUUUCUCGGCUCUGUAACACAGCACGGUGUCUCUAAGCACUUUAGGACCUGCGUCUGACCCUCCGGCCAUUCGCUUAAGCGUCAGUGUCAAAUGUGACUUUUCCUCUGACCUGCAGAUGUUUGUGUUUGCCCCCCGCCCCCCCAGAGAAUGAGAGAUUUAUUUUUAUAUUUAUUGUUUUCGCUUUGUUUUUUGCUCCAGAAAUAUCAUCUCCUUUUUUCUCCUUCAAACAUGUCAGCUUUUCUUUUUCUCCACAGGUACAGAACGAUGGUUUUCUCUAAAGGAGGCUUUCCCGUAUUCCCAAUUUAUUUUUCAGAGUUUUUCAAAUUAAAAUCCUCGAUAGUUGACUGUGUGACGUCACAAACUGUAAAUCGUCAUACGAACCGACUAGACAUUGGUUAUAAUUUUAAUUACGUUCGAUUAUUAGCUGCAAGUCGUACCGAGCUGUAAUAAGCUCUUUAUGAUUUUAUCAGAUUUGAAGAUUGCAUCGGUUCAAACUGUGGGAAAGCCUCCUAAGGAUUUUUUUUUAAACAGUAACUUCUUUAACAGCAACUUAAUUUUUAUUUUCUUUUUUUUGGAAAGAGUCUGUAGUGGGUGGCAUGGUGGCAUAGGGAUAAGGUACUGCAGCCUCGCACCUUCAGGCUCGAGGGUUCGGUUCCUGCCUCAGAUCUGUGCUCGGUGCGUUUCUCCGAUUGUGCAAAGACAUGCAGCUUAGGCUAAGUAGUAUUCCUGUAGUGGCUGUGUGCCCUGCGACAGAUUGGCACCCUCUCCAGGGUGUACCCCACCUAGUGCCCCAGGUCUUUUGGGAGGAGCUCCAGGCAUCCUGCGACCCUGUAUGCAGGAUAAAGCGGUACAGAAGAUGAAUGAAUGAGUCUCGUCCUGCGUCAGCAGUGAUAAUGGUGUGAGAAAGGAGUUUAAUCUGUACUAAUUUCAAGAUUGAGAAAAAUUAGGCUGUUGAUUUAAAAAGGAACAUCUGUGUGCAGAUGUUUUAACAGCUGUUCCACAACAUUAGAUGUAAACAGCUAAGAGAAUACAGCAAAUCGUUUUAAAAUAGGAGUUCUAAUACCUGCUGGCGUAUAAGAGGAAUAAAACAGUUAUAUGGAAAUUUUCGGCUUUAGAUCGGAAGAAUUAACCCUGCUGAUUAUUUUCCUGUAACGACAUAAAACUUGUGAAAGAUCUGUUGGAGUACAGAAACAAACUCUAACAGGAUGCACUGAAACGUAGCAGAAGAGUGUGUUUUUUAUUUAUUUUUAUUUUUUUGAUAAGUGUGAGACGUGCUGUGUUCGUUCCUGCCGCACUAAAACACUGACCGUCUGACAGCGUCUCCUCGUCUCGCUUCUUCUCCGAACUAAAAAGAGAGUUGAGUGUGAAUAGCCUUCCUGUUGUACUGUUCUGCUUUAGAGCCCGCAGAAAGGCAAGUGUUUUUAUUGAUGGUGAAGUGAAAAUUAAACACAGAUGUGACAUUGUGAAUAACUGGGAUAAUAAAAUAUUUUUCUAU